AUGAAGCUUGCCAUCUCCGUUGUUUUGACCGUCGCUGCAGCCGGCUCCCUAGCCGCUGCACAAUCCCACAGACACAAUCACCAUCGCCAUAAGCAUGUGAAGCGCUCACCAGAUCCGACUGACGUGGUUGUCGUUCCUGGGCCAACUGUCUAUGCCUACGAGUUCGAGGGUGAGCUCAUCAGCAAGAGCCAAGCUUGCGAUGGAAUCCAGGAAGGGGCCCUUCAGUGGGCCGAUCCUGAUAACGCAAAAAAUGCUUGCGAUCCGCAACCUUCAGUGACCCCACCCAAGGCCGCUGAAUUCUACGAGAAGCCUACGACAACUCAUCCUGCUCCGUCCGCGAGUUCUGAUCCUCCCAAGGACCAGGCUCCCAAUCUUGACUUGCCAGAGGUCAAACUUCCGCUUCCCAUCCCUAAAGAGCCAUCACCGCCCCUAGGCGGCGCUGGAGUCGACCAAGACUUCCCCGACGGACAGAUUGCCUGCUCUAACUUCCCCUCCGAAUAUGGCGCCAUCUCUCUCGACUGGCUCGGCCUUGGUGGAUGGAGUGGUAUUCAGUACGUCACUGUUCAGGGCUCGUCAGUUACCGACAUUCGCACCGGUAUCCAUGGCGACAAGUGUGAGGACGGAGCCAUGUGUUCUUAUGCUUGCGGACCUGGUUACCAAAAAUCCCAGUGGCCUUCCACUCAAGGUGCUACUGGCCAGUCCGUAGGUGGCUUGAAAUGUUCCGGCGGAAAGCUCUACCUCACGAACCCAGGCCUUUCCAAGAAGCUCUGUAUGAAGGGUGUUGGUGGUGUCCAGGUGAAGAAUACCAUGAGUCAAGUCGUCGCCGUCUGUCGUACCGAUUAUCCUGGCACGGAAUCUGAAACCGUCCCCCUCUCCGUUGGUGGAGGUUCCAUCACGGAGCUGACAUGCCCUGAUUCUGGGAACUACUAUACCUGGCAAGGCAAGGGCACUUCCGCUCAGUACUACGUCAACCCCAAGGGUGUCACGAUUCAAGAGGGCUGCCAGUGGGGAGACGGAAGCCGCCCAAUCGGUAACUUCGCCCCCAUCAACUUGGGUGUCGGCAGGAGUGACGGAACCAUAUUUUUGUCCAUUUUCCAGAACGCGCCAACAACCAACGCGAAGCUUGAUUUCAGCAUCAAGAUCGAGGGUAGCAAUUUGAGCGGGGCGUGCAGCUAUAAAAAUGGCAUGUUCUAUGACGCAACAGGAUCCAAUCCGAAUGGAUGUACCGUUGGGGUUACGGGCGGCACAGCAACCUAUGUGUUCAGUGAUUAA